AUGACUUUGAUUGAAAGUAGCCCUGCACAAUUCACCCUUGUGGCGUGUUCACUAGGCGUGGCAUUUUUGGUGCUAAUUGUGGUCUAUAGCUACUUUUUCCACCCACUGGCUCGAGUUCCAGGACCUUGGACUGGAGCGGUUUUCCCGUUCUGGUCGAUAAGCACCUUGUACCGCCGGAGAUUGAACCCAGAUCUUGCAGAACUACAUAAAAUCUACGGCCCUGUUGUCCGAGUUGGCCCCAACCAACUGUCAUUCGCAACUAUCGAAGCUCAAAAGAUGAUCUACAAUGCCAAACCAACCAAUAAUGGCUCCGAUGAGCAUUUUGGACGAGACGGGACCCUACAGGAUGUGCUACUCUCAAUGAUACUAGGAGCACCUAAUAUAGGUUCUCUAUCGAACCGAGCUGAGCAUAAGAAGAUGAGAAAGCGUUUACUGCCUGGAUUUACAUCAAACACGAUCUUCGAACAGGAGCCCCUGCUGCGCCUGCACGUAGACCAACUCCUGCAUAGACUUGCGCAAGAUGCAGGUUUGAUCAAUUUGACUAGCCAUUUUUCGAGAUUCCUAUGGGACCUUAUUGGUGACUUCUCAUUUGGAGAGCCUCUUGUUCCAGAGAAGCACGAGCUUCGCACAGACAAGUUGAAGUCAAUGGUUGAAAUAUACCAAGGAUGCUUUCCCCUACUCGAAGCUAUCAAUCAUGUCGUUCCAGAAAUCAAUGCCGUGAUCAGGCUGGCUUUUCGGCUAGUACCCCCAGCUACUCUGCGUGCGGUCUUGCCCACUGCCACACUGAGAGGUUGCGUUGACCGACAGGACGGCCGAUCAGACUUUCUCACGCAUAUUAUGGGCGACAAAAGCCGCGACCCGACAGAACUAGAGUUAAGUUAUGAUGAGGUGCAUAGUAACGCCACCGUUCUCAUGAUCGCCGGCUACAAGACGACUGAGACAUCCCUUUCAGCCCUGUUCUACCGAAUUUUGUCAACCCCAGGAGUACUCAAGAAUCUUCAGAGUGAGCUUUUUAGCAACUUCCAGAGCAUCGAUGGAAUCACGGGGAGAAAACUGCUGUCACUGCCAUAUUUGAAUGGGUGUAUCUACGAAUCGCUCCGUUUGGCACCCCCGGUUGCGGGAAAGUUCGCGUCUCGUCGAUCCCCGGGGGCGGUAAUUCAAGGCUUCUACGUCCCUCCUGGGACGGAAGUAUUUACAGAGACGUACACCAUGCAGCGGAGCCCGCUUUACUGGUACGCCCCGGACGAGUACCAUCCGGAACGCUGGCUUAAACAGAGUGAGGGUAGUCCCUAUGCUCAAGAUGUGCACGAGGCAUUCAAGCCAUUUAGCUCAGGUCCCCGAGCAUGCCUUGGAAGAGAAAUGGCCCUUCAGACCCUUCGACUGACCACAGCGUUGCUGGCAUACCGCUUCGAUAUGGAGAUGGUGAACGAAGAUCAAUUUGUAUGGGAGCAGGAUACCGAGUCCAGAAUGGUGUACUCUCAGUAUCAGAUAAAAGCCGUUGUGCAGGAACAUCUCACUUAG